GCUCCCGGCCGUGCUCGCCUGGCCCCGCUGCUUCUCGGCAGUGCGGGCCUCGCACACUGGCACAUGGCGGCUCUGCGCACCCUCCUGCUCCUCGGGCUGCUCCUCACGGCGCGGGGGCGGCGGGCGGCGGAGAGGCAGCGGCCGCCCCCUUCCCCGAGCCCGCUGGACAAGGUCGUGGCACCGCAGGGGCUCAGCCUCUCCCAGCUCUCAGGGAAGUGGUUCCUGGUCGGCAUGGCCUCCCGCUGCAGCUAUCUGGCAGAGCACGGCCACCAGCUAGAGGCCACGAUGAUGACGGUGACCAUCGUGGAUGGGCAGAGCCUGGCCAUCAGCACCUUCAGGAAGCUGGACAGGAUGUGCUGGGAAAUCAGGCAGCACUACCUUCCCRCCCAGGCUCCUGGACGCUUCCUGCUGAAGGGGCACAGGAAAAACAGCAACGUAGAUCUGAUGGUGGGUGAGGCCGACCCCAGCAGCUUUGUCAUUCUCUAUUACAAGGAGGGCCCCAGCAUCUCUGUUAAGCUCUAUGGACGGACCAGCCUGGUCAGUGACACCAUCAUGGACAAGUUUGAGCAGCGUGUCAGUGCUGUGGGUCUGAGCACGGAUGUGACCUACUACUUCCCCACCUACGGGUUUUGUGACUCUGCAGAUGAGUUUCACAUCCUCGAUGAAAUGAAGCUGUAGGUGCUGACGGAGUUGCCAGGGUGUUCCAGAGCUCAGCCCUCACCUUAGCCAGCUGCCCAUGGCCACACAGGUCUGAGCCACACUUUCAUCAGCUCCCACUGCUGCUCCACAGCUCAGGAGCCAGCUCUGGGACUCCUCCGCUCCUCCAACUAUGCUGGCAGUUGUGUCUGUACCUGUCCUAUGCUCCCCAGCUUGUGUACCCUCUCUGCUCUGUGCCCGACUCUCCUGCAGCAGCCAGCAACACCCCAAUAAAUGCCUCAGAGAAGA